CACAGCCCACCGUUCAGUAACACGGAACGCGAGUACGAGUUUGCACGCGCUGUCUCCCAGCGAGCGUCCGUCGGAAGCAAGUGCCUAGAUGUGAGCUGGAACGUCGUCAAGAGGUGUCGAAUAUGGCUCGCGCGGCGGACGGCGGCGGUACCAGUGAUCGGGAAUAGUGACGGCAGUGACACUAGUGUCAAUGUAAACAGGAGGAUUGUUUGCCUGCUAAAUAGGCGAGCAAACACGGGUUUCUUAAUCCGACUUUUGUACCAGCGCGUAGAAUGUAGCAAUCGAAACUGAUAGAUGAAGUGGUGAUAAAGCUACAAAGACAGGUGAUUCGUUACGUGAUCGAUUAAAAAAUGGCCUCCGACGAAGAUUGCAGUAGUACCUUUACGUACCCGAUAAUGGACGACGCGACCUCGUCUCCCACAACCGCCAACCACUACACCAACUGCCUCUCCCCAUCCAGCUCCCCUUCGCCCCUGCUCCCGCCGCAGUACCAGCUCACCCCCCGGUACGACUACCAGGACCAGGAUAUGAUCCCUGCGUCCCAGGUGCUGCCCCAGGUCCUGCCCAAGACCCAGGAGAUGUGGGGCGACAUGAACCAAGGCAUCUACGCCGACUACCGGUACGACACCACCCGAUUCAGUGGUGCCGACUACAUCCGGCCGAGUUACGCGGAAACUAUGCCCGUGUUCUCACAAGCAAGGACUAAUUUCGUGCCGAAAAUUGGUGCUCAGGGACAAAAAGUGCCCAAGGAGGCGAGGAUAAGGAGACCCAUGAACGCCUUCAUGGUCUGGGCGAAGGUGGAGAGGAAGAAGUUGGCAGACGAGAAUCCGGACUUGCACAACGCUGAUCUCAGCAAGAUGUUGGGCAAGAAGUGGCGCUCCCUCACCCCCCAGGACCGGCGACCCUUCGUCGAGGAGGCCGAGCGCCUCCGCGUGAUCCACAUGACCGAGCACCCCAACUACAAGUACCGGCCGCGGCGGCGGAAGCACAACAAGCAGCGCGCCACUUCCGGCGCGGGCCCCCGCGUCGGCACGUCCUUGCCCAGCCCCAGCCUGCCCAACAUGUCCCCCAGGUACACGGGGUACAUACCCAACGCGAGCUUGUCGCCGGGGCUGCAGCAGAACAGCUACGGGAUGGACUUCCCGAGCCCGGGGGGCGGCGAGUUCCAGGAGAAGCGGUACAGCCCGGAUAGUUUCAAGUACCAGUACAACUACGUGGGGUACCAGAGUUAUCAGAAGAGUCCGUAUUCGAUGCAGACGCCGGAUGCGUCGCCUGCGCACAGUCCCGAGCCCAAGAAGUCCAACAGCCCGGAGUGCGCUAAGGAGAGUCCGAGGGAGGACGCGCUGCCUACUCCCGAGCUGAGUCCCAUGGAGGAGCAGUUCGAGGAGAAGAGGGUGUCGAGCAUCCAGCACACGAAUAGUCUGACGAAUCCGGCGCAGCAGAGCUACAACACGAGGGUCCAGAACUACCGGCCGAACAGUACCUACACGAAUACGCAGCCGAUUACGUCGGUACCGAUGGCCAACGGGCUGUACGUGAUGUGCGCUAACAAGAGCUCGGUGGAGCAAGGGCACGUGGUCACUGGGACGUUCUAUCCGCCGGUGGCCACAUCGCAAGACCAGCAACUACUAGGUACCGGGCAGAACAACCUCAACACGAUGGCGAACUCGCCCAAUAUACACUAUUACAACCCGGGGAUGCAGCAGUACUAUCAGAGUACCAACACCGGGUAUGAGCCGCCUGAGACUCAAAGCAAACCAGAGGCUUUCUUGCCUUACCAGAGUACUCUUAAAGGGGACGUCGGCGAGAACAUGAACAACUACAAGUCGCCGGGGAUGGAGGAACAGUACCAGCCGCAGUACCCCAACAGUACCAUCGUCUCCUCGUACAUGUCGCAGGAGGAGAGAAGCGACGUCGAUAGCGACGUGGACACCCGCGAGUUCGACAAGUACCUCAAGUUCGGUGGUACCGAGUCCAAUAUGAUCGAUUCGAAUCACAACUACCACAGGAACGACUUGAGUUCGAACGUGACUUACAACUUCCAAGCCCAACAUACGUCUGUGAUUUUGCCCAAUACCAGUGUGAAGCCGGAACCUUUGCUGGGUCACUACCCAGAAGUGUACGACAUCGGCCAGAAUGGCGUGGUGACUAAGAACGAUGAUGAUUUUAGUGAGAUUCUGGCGGACGUGCGGAAAACGUGCUAUAGUAGCUGAUUUUGUGCAAUCUUUGUUGUUAUUCGAAUUGUUGUUAUGGCCAGUGCGAUUGUUAGCUCCGGAUGACGUCAAACAGAUAAUGUAACCUGAAAAUUUCGGUUUUAGGUAAAUUCUCCGGUACACAGAGUUGUUUGCUCUUCCAUUCGGAUUAGGUUGAAUUUACGAUUUUGUAAUAAGUUUAGUGGUGUGCAAACAGGUUUUAAAUACUCCGACAAGAUCUUGGCAUCUGGAGAGUGCCUUUUGAUAUUAAGCACAGAGAUGUAAAUCGCUAUUUUUAGUGUAAAUUAUUGUAUACAUAGCGUACAUAGAGAGUUAUAUGUUUUGUACAAUAUUUAAGACUGGCUAUUUUUGUAACGUCGAGACAAUAAAUAAACAAUGACAAUUACCGCGAGACACGUCACUAUUAUUAUGAAAAUUUUAUCUCAGUGUGUUUUACCAAUAUUUGUUCACUUAAAUAGGAUAUAGUUGUAAGCUGUUUAUACACCUAUUUAACUGCGACAGAGAUUUCUUACAAAAAAGAACCAAAGUUUGUAAAUUAUGUAUGAUAGUACUGUAGUUAUCGGCUAUUAAAUUGUAAAUAAUUAGUUAACGUCAUCAUUGGGAAAUAUAUCAUUAUUUAAUUAUAAA